AUGAGCAACGCACAAGCAUAUUACGAGCUUUAUCGCGGGAGCAGCCUGGGCCUGUCCCUUACCGACACCCUCGAUGACUUGAUCAAUGACGGCCGAAUCGAGCCCCAGCUCGCCAUGAAGAUUCUUUCCACUUUCGAUCGAGUGAUUACCGAGGUUCUCGCAGACAAAGUGCGUGCCAGGCUUACGUUCAAGGUAAAUAUAUCCUGCGGAACACCGUAUCAGAGAAGUCCCGCUAGCCUCGUUGUCGAAUAUCAAAGAUUAACAGUUUCUCUCUCCAAACAGGGCCAUCUGGAUACAUAUCGCUUCUGCGACGAAGUAUGGACAUUCCUCAUCAAAGACGUCACCUUCAAACUGGACAACCAGACGACCGUACAAGCGGAUAAAGUGAAGAUUGUGAGCUGCAACAGCAAGCGCCCCGGCGAGGUAUAG